AUGAGUAUAGUAAACCGCGUAGAACCCGAUACACCCAGUACACUCAAGUACAACCACAAAGCCGGUUUCUUGGAUCUACCAGGCGAGCUCCGCAAUGCCAUCUACAACCUCGUAGCGACUUGCUCAAGAGAUGGUCCAUAUCCGAAUCCGCGCACAAAAGUCAAACUAAAGCACAUCAAAGGCUUCCACAACAACUUACCAUGGCACCGUCUCCAACGUCAAGACCUAGGCCUUACACAAACCUGUCGCCAGAUACGUUCAGAGUACCUACCAAUAUACUCAACACACACGAGUCUAUACAUAUACAUGCGCACCUUCGCCCUCGCUGCCGAAGACCUAAACAUAACGAAAUACAAUGUCGGCAUGCCAGCCGGUGACGCAGUGAUUGGCGUACGAAACUGGGACGGUGAUAAUUCAUGGCGAGAACAUCGCUCAUGCGUCGACAUAGCGCCGCUUCUCGCUCUCCACCUUCGUCAACCCGAGCUUCUAUUCAGGUUUGAUGACGCUGAGUGCAUGCGCGAGAAACUCAGGCGCAAUAAGCAAUUGGAUACGAGUACCUAUUUCACCACCCUCUUUUCUUUACAUACGAAUCCACUUUGGCGCUCCUUCUUUACCACGGCUGUAAGAGAGGUGUUCGUGUAUCCUGAUUUAGAUUGGAUUUGCGCGAAACAUGUCAAGGUGCAUAUUGAGAUCGAGAAGGAGUUUGGUGAGAUUUGGAUGCGGAGCCGGAAGGCUAGGCAGAACGGGAGGCGGGGAAAGAUGAACGAGUGGUUGGUGACGGUUGGACUGGAGGGAUUGGUGAGGUGGGAUGGUUUGAGGAUUUAUUGGGCGACAGGGUGGUUUGAGGGGUUGUUUGGGAAGUAG